AUGUUGUCGAUGGCGAGCCUCCGCCGCCUCGGGCUCAGUGCCCUUGCUGCUGCAGCAUCUCUGUCUUCGCUUGCCAGUGCUGACGUCUCCGUCCGAUCUCUCGAGUCGAGACAGACUGCCGCGGACAAGCUAGUGUUUGCUCACUUUAUGAUUGGAAUCGUUGGCGAUCGUACUUCCGCAUCAGACUAUGAUUCCGACUUCCAGCUUGCCAAAUCCGUGGGCAUUGACGCCUUCGCCCUCAACAUCGGCACCGACUCGUACACCGACCAACAGCUGGAGUACGCUUAUACGUCGGCUGCGAACAAUGGGAUGAAGGUCUUCAUCUCCUUUGACUUUAACUGGUGGAGCACCGGUGACGCCGCUGGAGUUGGUGCCAAGGUCAAGCAGUUUGCCGGUCAUCCUGCUCAGCUCCAGGUUGACGGCCGUCCGUUUGUUUCGUCUUUUGCUGGUGACGGCCUCGAUGCCAAUGCUAUGAAGGCUGCGUCCGGUGUUAACCCUUACUUUGUGCCCAACUUCCAUCCUGGUCAGUCGAGCACCGAUGGAAUUGACGGUGCCUUCAGCUGGCAGGCCUGGGAUACCAACGGCAACAACAAAGCCCCGACGCCUGGAGCCAACGUGACUGUUGCUCAAGGUGAUGCUUCUUACAAGAGCUGGCUAGGUGGAAAAACGUACAUGGCGCCCGUCUCGCCCUGGUUUUCGACGCAUUAUGGACCUGAAGUUCUUUACAGCAAGAACUUCGUUUUCCCUUCAGGGCCAUUGUGGUACAAUAGGUGGCAGGAAAUCUUGACCGGAGGCUUUAAUUUCGUCGAAAUCAUUACCUGGAAUGAUAUUGGCGAAUCGCAUUAUGUUGGCCCUCUUUCCAGCAAGCACGGCGACGAUGGAGGCAGCAAAUGGGCAAACGAUAUGGACCACAGUGGCUGGCUCACUCUUGCAAAGCCCUUUAUUGCUGCCUUCAAGAACGGAGACACAGAUGUUUCCAAGUAUAUCGAGGAUGAGCACGUCAUCUACUGGUAUCGCCGCAACUUGAAGUCAUUGAACUGCGAUGCCACCGACACCACCUUCAACGCACCUGCCAACAACGCCAGCGGCAACUACUUUGAGGGAAUUCCUAACGGCUGGCAGACAAUGGACGACGACGUGUACGUUGUGACGCUGCUCAAGAGCUCCGCAAGUCUAUCCGCGACCAGCGGCGGAAACUCGCGCUCCUUCAAUGUCCCGGCGGGAGCAACCCUCAACACUGUGCCCGCCGGCCUUGGCAAGCAGAGCUUCGCCGUCAGCCGCAACGGCCAGAACGUCCUGUCCGGAACCUCCCUGAUGGACAUCACGGACGUGUGCAACUGCGGCAUCUACAACUUCAACGCCUUCGUCGGCGAGCUGCCCGCGGGCCCGCGUGAUGUCCUCGGCCCCGAUGGUCUGACCUCGCUGACCGUCGGUCUGCAUGUGACAACCUGCCUCCCGCAGCCGUCCUUGGGAACGAACCCGUCUGUGCCCGCCAGCCAGCCUGCCACCCCCACGAGCGCCAAGCCGUCCAAGACGAGCAGUGCGGCGCCUUCUGAUCCAACCAACUGCAAUGGCGGCACCGUUGCUCCCGGCGAGUCUGGCAACUUUACCGGUCUCUGCAGCUUCGCUUGCAGCUACGGAUACUGCCCUGUUGGCCCUUGUGUCUGCACGAGCUUCGGCCAGGCUCCCGCUCCUCCGGCGGGCGAUGGACGGGACGGAUGCCCCAUUGCGGGAGAGCCGUCUUCGUACUCUGGCCUCUGCAGCUUCACUUGUAGUCACGGAUACUGCCCGGAGGGAGCUUGCCAGUACUGCUAG